AGAGAGAGAGAUAGAUAUAAAGAGAGUUGAAGAAAGAGAGUGGUUGAGUCAGUUUUCUGUUGUUGCUUGUCUCUGUUCAUGUGCAGCUCUUCUGUAGUUUCAUGUUGAGUCGUGUUUGUUUCUUCCACUGAAGUGUUCAUGCCACAGCAGAAGCUUGACUGGCAAACAAAACUAGAAACGGACUGAAGCGAUGGACCCAAACCAAGCAGUUCUGCCAUUCAGUGUACACUCAACAAUCUGCCUUCACAAGACAACUCCUGCUCAGUUUCCUGAUGCUCUGGUUCUCUGUUACGAUGAGCUGAACUCCACAGCGUCUCAUCACUGAAAACAAAAAGAAGUUUGCUGGGGAACCAUGGAGUUUGGUGCUGUGACCUGCACAGGGACGACCAACACAUGUCACUGGAACGAAGUUCUCGAGAAGCACUAUAACUACACCGGCAAACAGUAUGGCAGAGGUGAACUGAAACCAGAAUCCAUCGCCGGGCUGUUCAUCUGCUUCCUCAUCAUCGUGGAGAACUUGAUCGUCCUCAUGGCCAUCUGGAAGAACAAGAAGUUCCACAUGCCCAUGUACUAUCUGCUGGGGAACCUGACGCUGUCGGACCUGCUGGCCGGAUUCACCUACAUGCUGAACAUCAUGCUGUCGGGUCAGAACACGCUGAAGCUGACGCCGCUGCAGUGGUUUGUGAGGGAGGGUGGUGUCUUCAUCACGCUCUCGGCGUCCGUCGUCAGUCUGCUGGCCAUCGCCAUCGAGCGCUACUUCACCAUGCGCAACACCAAGCCCUACCCACGCGCCAAACGCAACCGCAUGUUCACUCUGAUCGCCGCCAGCUGGGCUCUGUCGCUGUUGCUAGGCGCUCUGCCUAUUAUGGGAUGGAACUGUCUGCAUAAUCUAGAGUGGUGCUCCACCGUCCUGCCGCUCUACGCCAAGAGCUACAUCUUCUUCUGCGUGGUUGUGUUCCUGUCCAUCCUGCUGGCCAUCGUCCUUCUGUACGGACGCAUCUUUCACUUCGUCAAGUCCAACACACAGAACCCGACCUGCGUUCAGCGCAAACCCUACGGCCAUCGCUCGCUGAAGUACAUGGCUCUGCUGAAGACCGUCACCAUCGUGGUGGGAGUGUUCAUCCUGUGCUGGAUGCCGCUGUUCGUGCUCCUGCUGAUGGACUUCGUGUGUCCCGUGAAGGAGUGUCCUGUUCUCUUCAAGGUUGAUUACUUCCUGGGCAUGGCCAUGUUUAAUUCCCUCAUUAACCCCAUCAUUUACACGCUGACGAGCAGAGACAUAAGGAGGGCUAUUCUGAAGCUGCUCUGCCGCCGAUGCCUGAUGACCAAAGACGGCCACGUGAGGAACAUCGGCAUCCACAUCAGCUUCACCAAGACAGACGUGAACCGCCAGGGACUGGAGACGACCAUCUCAUCCGGGAACGGCAUCACCUUACCUGUUAAAUCCAUCUACCCCAAACUCAAGCUGUCCGUCAUCGCAUAAGUGUGAGAUCCUGAGCUCAUGUGUGUCCCUGCAGCACAGAAGCAGUCAUCAGUGUCACAGGUGUAUUUGCAGAAAUAGACAACAAUACAUUGGAUGGCUCAAAUUAUACAUUUUUCUUUUAUGCCUAAAAUCAUUGGGAUAUUAAGUAAAGAAAAUGUUCAAGAUAUUUUGCUAAUUUCCUACCAUAAAUAUAUCAAAACUUAAUCUUUUGAUUAGUAAUAUGUAUUGCUAAGAACUUCAUUUGAACAACUUUAAAGAUGAUUUUCUCAAUAUUUAGAUUUUUUUGCUCCCUCAGAUUGCAGAUUUUCAAAUAGUUGUAUCUCAGACAGAUAUUGUCCUCCUCACAAACCCCACAUCAAUGGAAAUAUUAUUUAUUCAACUUUGAGAUCAUGUAUACAUCUCAAUUUCAUACAAAUAGACCCUCAUGUGCUGCAGGGCUACAUUUCAGAGCUGGAACUGAAUCAUGACGAAUCAAAUCUAAUUAAAGGCUCUUUCCAGUCACACAGCCCAAAAGAGAAACUGUUUCAAACACGACACUUGCUUUACAGCAAAAUCUAACUUUGCUAUAUGGACCUCGUAUCGAGCUGUCAUGGGCAGAAAGAGGUAUUGCAUGGGUGUUUUUCAACAUUUCAACAUUUGGGCCUUUAUAUCUGAGAUACAUCUGCACAAAUACUCAGAAAUACAAAGACUCAGAUAUCAGUUCAUCGGCCAGUAUCAGCUUGAGAUCUGAAUGCAUGCAAAGACUUUAAACAAACAUGCACUGAACAGCUGACAGGCCUUAAAUAGCGACCUUGAGCUUUUGAAAAAGCGCUUUAUAAAUUAUGUUUAUUAUUAUUAAUAAAUAUGACAGUGCAUGUCCAUAAUUUUUGCUACUGAUGAAUACACAGAUCCUCCACAGAUAAAUAUUCUGCUCUCUUGCUCUUAUCGAGUAUUAAACUGUAAGCAUCUCUUUACACAAAAGCAUAUUUAAGGUUUGUUUGCACAGUUGUCUUUGUACAGUGUAAAUGCUUGACAUACUGUUUUUACAAGCUUUUGUAAAGCCUGAUUCAUACUAAAUUAUGUUCUUUAUUAUUUGAUAUUAAAUGUUUUUG